CCGUUUCGCACACGAGGUUGCGGCGCUCGCCAGGACACAACUCUCAGCACACCUCUCCUUUCCAGGCGUUCGUGCUCGCGACCUGCGCUUCUACCCCGCAGUGCGGCCGCGCGCGCCUGGGCCCCAGCAUCUCGCGCUGCCCGGUUGCCGUGGGAACGGUAGAAGGAGGCAGCGUCCGCAGACCUAGCUGUAAGCCGUACCGAGGCCCGGCCAUGGAGCUGCCGGAUCCGGUCCGCCAGCGGCUGGGAAACUUCAGCCGGACCGUGUUCAGCGACUCCAACCGGACCGGGCCGGAGUACAGCGAGGGUCCUGAUAAUGAAAUGGUUUCCAGUUUGGCAUUGCAGAUGUCACUUUAUUUUAACACUUACUUUUUCCCACUUUGGUGGGUAAGCAGCAUUAUGAUGCUUCAGAUGAAGUAUUCAGUCUUGCCUGAUUACUACAAAUUCAUUGUGGUCACUGUUAUCAUCAUAAUAACCUUAAUUGAAGCUAUCAGGUUGUAUCUGGGCUACAUGGGGAACCUACAGGAAAAGGUUCCUGAAUUGGCUGGCUUUUGGCUUUUGAGUCUUCUGUUGCAACUGCCUUUAAUUCUAUUCUUGCUCUUUAAUGAAGGCCUAACGAAUCUGCCAUUGGAAAAAGCAAUACACAUCAUCUUCACUUUGUUCCUUACUUUCCAAGUUGUUUCAGCCUUUGUUACCCUGAGGAAAAUGGUAAAUCAGUUGGCAACUCGUUUCCACCUCCAAGACUUUGACCGGCUCUCUGCAUACAGAGGAGGCACGAGAAGAAUGAGAUCCUGUAUAGAAGAGAUUUGACCCAGUGCUGUUGAGUGAAAAGCUGAAAGAUCCUUUAGCAAGACUGUAAGAGGGACAUAUCAGAGAUCUAGCAUGAGAGAAAGGACAAAGCAAGUGUUUUGAACUGUAUAUUGUCUAGCUCUGAAAUUCCAAAGCUGGGGGCAAUGAUAAGACUGAUUGUACAGUACACGAAAGCAGUAAGUCAACCCUACAGCCUAGAUACUGUCCACCUGGUGGACAAAUAUCUUAAUAUUUUUGUUGUUGACUUUUUCAGGUGUAUAGAAAUCU